AACCCUUCCGCUCAGUUCGGUUUCAGAUUUCAGCACGUUCAGAUCGGUCGGACGGGCUCGCGGUUCGCGCGGUUGUGUAAUCUACCCAAUCAACUUCCAAACAUCAGAAAUUCCAUUCUAGCUAACCUUCUUGAAGCAGAAGAAUGUGUUCAGUGCCAUCGGAGAAGUUUUAAACUAGAAUAAAUUAGCAUAACUCAAAAGUUUAACUACGCUUGACAGUUUGAAGUUAUGCAAUCUGAUGUGGAAUAGUGAUCAUUCAAGAAGCAUAGAACAUUCGGACGACAGUCAUCAUGAUCGUACUAGUGCUGACCAGUGUUCUGAUCAUCGUUUUUAUCUAUUGGUUGCUGCAGGAACUUCGUCGGCCACCAAACUAUCCACCAGGUCCACAAUGGCUCCCAUUCAUCGGUAACACCCCGUUCGUCCGGAAACUGGCCCGUGCCAGUGGCGGUCAACAUUUAGCAUUCGAAGCUCUCUCCAAGCAGUACAACAGUCCUGUGGUAGGACUCAAGCUGGGCCGAGAAUAUGUUGUGGUUGCCAUGCAGUAUCCUGCCGUUCGUGAAGUUCACAGCAAAGAGGAGUUUGAUGGUCGACCCGACAAUUUCUUCCUGCGACUGAGGACUAUGGGAACCAGACUGGGAGUGACGUGCACGGACGGUCCGUUUUGGGCUGAACACAGGAACUUUGUCGUACGUCACUUGCGUCAAGCGGGCUACGGAAGGCAACCGAUGCAGCUGCAGAUACAAAACGAACUGAAUGAGUUGAUUGGGAUCAUCAGAGAUUUGGAUGGCGAGCCUGUUUGGCCUGGCAGUAUUCUUCCCACGAGUGUAAUCAAUGUGUUAUGGACUUUCACAACGGGCUCAAGAAUUGCGAGGGAUGAUCAACGACUAGCCAGGUUGUUGAAGCUGCUACAGGAUAGGUCAAAGGCAUUCGAUAUGUCCGGAGGUGUCCUGAGUCAACUGCCAUGGUUGCGCCAUAUAGCCCCCGAAUGGACCGGAUACAAUCUACUCAAACGUUUCAAUCAAGAGUUACACGAGUUCUUCAUGAUAAUCGUCAAAAAGCAUCACCAGGAAUAUCAUGAUGAUAAGUGUUCUGAUGAUUUGAUAUUCGCUUUUAUCAAGGAGAUGAAGGAUCGGAAAGAUGAUCCAAGUUCUACGUUCACCAACAUUCAGUUGACAAUGAUCAUACUUGAUAUCUUCAUUGCUGGAUCUCAAACCACCAGUAUUACAAUCGACCUAGCGUUCAUGAUUUUGACCAUAAAAACUAACAUACAGAAGAAGAUCCACGCUGAAAUUGACGAAUGCCUGUAUCAAGAUGAAAUGCCUCAGCAAAAUGAUAGAACGAGUUUACCAUACACGGAAGCAUUCUUACUAGAGGUACAAAGAUUCUUUCACAUCGUACCGGUCAGUGGUCCCAGAAGGACACUUUCCGAUUGUACGCUUGGAGGCUACCAAAUACCCAAAAACACCACAAUUCUCAUGGGAUUGCGUACCGUCCACAUGGAUCCAGAGCACUGGGGUGACCCUGAGAACUUCAGACCCGAGCGUUUCCUCAGUCCCGAUGGAAAAAUAGUCAACACUGAACGACUGAUUCCAUUUGGUUUGGGAAGAAGACGUUGCCUCGGAGAAUCGUUGGCACGAGCAUGCAUGUUCACGUUCCUGGUGGGAAUUUUGCAGAAAUUCAGACUUCGCCAGCCGCCGAACUGUUCCGAAACACCUAACCUCAAACUGCUCCCUGGAAUCACCCUCUCACCGAAGCCUUACAAAGUUAUCUUUGAACCCAGAUGAAUAAGUGCCAACCCUUCCUUCCAUAGCUGACUACUGCGCAUGGGCAGCAGUGACUUCAAUGCACGGGCGAUGCCGAACUGGAUUUUCAUUUGAAGUAACGCAUAUAGACCAUAAACAUUGUAAUAAACGUAGAAGUUCGAAGGAUUCUAGUAAAUAAAUUUCAUCAUAUCAUA